AUGGGAGCCAUGGCUUACUCUUUACUCUUCUGCCUCCUGCUCGCUCAUCUGGGACUGGGAGAGGUUGGUGCCAGCCUCGACCCUCUGGGACGGCCGGAUUCCACUCGAGAGAGGACCCCGAAGGGGAAGCAACAAGGUCAGCAACUGCCGCGAGCCUCUGUCCCGGACCCCUCUAUUCCCUGGAGCCGCUCCACCGACGGCACCAUCUUGGCACAAAAACUAUCCGAGGAGGUGCCCAUGGACGUGGCCUCUUACCUCUACACUGGGGACUUCCACCAGCUGAAGAGAGCCAACUGCUCAGGCCGCUACGAAUUGGCGGGCCUGCCGGGGAAGUCACCGUCCCUAGCCAGCUCCCAUCCUUCCUUGCACGGGGCGCUGGACACUCUGACACACGCCACCAACUUCCUCAACAUGAUGUUGCAGAGCAAUAAGUCUCGGGAGCAGACCGUGCAGGAUGACCUGCAGUGGUACCAGGCUCUGGUGCGAAGUCUCCUAGAGGGUGAGCCCAGCAUCUCCCGGGCGGCUAUCACCUUCAGCACCGAGUCGCUGUCCACGCCCGCCCCGCAGGUCUUCCUCCAGGCCACCCGCGAGGAGAGUCACAUCCUGCUGCAGGACCUGUCCUCCUCCGCUCACCACCUGGCCAACGCCACUCUAGAGACCGAGUGGUUCCACGGGCUUCGGCGAAAGUGGAGGCCCCACUUGCACCGCCGCGGUUCCAAUCACGGGCCACGGGGCCUGGGCCACAGCUGGCGGCGCAGGGAUGGGCUUGGAGGGGACAGGAGCCACGUCAAGUGGUCUCCACCUUAUCUGGAGUGCGAGAAUGGGAGUUACAAGCCCGGGUGGUUGGUCACGCUCUCUGCUGCCUUCUACGGGCUUCAACCUAACCUGGUUCCGGAAUUCAGGGGUGUGAUGAAAGUUGAUAUAAACCUUCAGAAAGUGGACAUUGACCAAUGUUCGAGCGAUGGCUGGUUUUCAGGGACUCACAAAUGCCACCUGAACAACUCAGAGUGUAUGCCAAUCAAAGGCCUGGGAUUCGUGCUUGGAGCCUAUCAGUGUGUUUGCAAAGCAGGAUUCUAUCAUCCCCGUGUCUUCUCAGUGAACAACUUCCAGAGAAGGGGACCAGAUCACCAUUUUUCAGGAAGCACAAAGGAUGUGUCAGAAGAAGCCCAUGUCUGCCUGCCCUGCCGAGAAGGCUGCCCCUUCUGUGCUGAUGACCGCCCGUGCUUUGUCCAGGAGGAUAAGUACCUACGGCUCGCCAUCAUCUCCUUUCAAGCCCUGUGUAUGCUGUUGGACUUUGUCAGCAUGCUGGUGGUCUACCACUUUCGCAAAGCAAAGAGCAUCAGGGCAUCUGGCCUCAUCCUGUUGGAAACAAUACUCUUUGGUUCUCUGCUCCUAUACUUUCCGGUCGUUAUUCUGUACUUUGAGCCAAGUACAUUUCGCUGUAUUCUCCUAAGGUGGGUUCGUCUUCUCGGUUUUGCAACUGUUUAUGGAACCGUGACCCUCAAGCUUCACAGGGUUUUGAAGGUGUUCCUUUCACGAACAGCGCAGAGAAUCCCAUACAUGACUGGUGGUCGCGUCAUGAGGAUGCUGGCAGUAAUAGUCUUGGUAGUGUUUUGGUUUCUUGUUGGCUGGACUUCUUCUAUGUGCCAGAACUUGGAGCGGGAUAUCUUGCUUGUUGGCCAAGGGCAAACAUCUGAUCACCUCACCUUCAAUAUGUGCCUCAUUGACCCCUGGGAUUACAUGACAGCAGUUGCUGAAUUUGUAUUCCUCUUGUGGGGCAUUUAUCUCUGCUAUGCAGUGCGGACUGUCCCUUCAGCGUUCCAUGAGCCACGCUACAUGGCUGUCGCGGUUCACAAUGAGCUCAUUAUCACGGCUAUAUUCCAUACAAUUAGAUUCGUGCUCGCCUCGAGACUUCAGCCUGACUGGAUGCUGAUGCUGUACUUUGCACAUACUCACUUGACUGUGACAGUCACCAUUGGGCUGCUUCUGAUCCCAAAGUUUUCACAUUCAAGCAAUAAUCCCCGUGAUGACAUUGCUACAGAAGCAUACGAAGAUGAGCUGGACAUGGGUCGUUCUGGGUCCUACCUGAACAGCAGUAUCAACUCAGCCUGGAGUGAACACAGCCUCGAUCCAGAAGACAUUCGAGAUGAACUGAAAAAACUCUAUGCCCAGUUAGAAAUAUACAAGCGUAAAAAGAUGAUCACCAACAACCCCCACCUUCAGAAAAAGCGGUGCUCUAAAAAGGGCUUAGGCCGGUCCAUCAUGAGGCGCAUCACCGAGAUCCCUGAGACAGUCAGCAGGCAGUGCUCCAAAGAAGACAAGGAGGGCACAGACCACAGUGCGGCCAAGGGGACUGGUCUUGUCCGGAAGAAUCCUACUGAGUCCUCAGGGAACACAGGGAGACCCAAGGAGGAGUCCCUGAAAAACAGGGUCUUCUCUCUCAAGAAAUCCCACAGCACGUAUGACCAUGUGAGAGACCAAACUGAAGAAUCCAGCAGCUUGCCCACGGAGAGCCAGGAGGAGGAGGCCACUGAAAAUUCAACCUUGGAGUCACUGUCAAGUAAAAAACUGACACAGAAGCUCAAAGAGGAUAGUGAGGCCGAGUCCACAGAGUCGGUGCCAUUGGUCUGCAAGUCAGCCAGUGCUCACAACCUCAGCUCUGAGAAAAAGCCCGGGCACCCACGCACGUCUAUGUUACAGAAGUCGCUCAGUGUCAUUGCAAGUGCCAAGGAGAAGACACUUGGGCUGGCUGGCAAAACCCAGACUUUAGUUAUGGAAGACAGAGCUAAGUCCCAGAAACCGAAAGAUAGAGAGGCAAACCGGAAGUACUCAAAUUCAGAUAACACAGAGACUAAAGAUUCUGCCUUCCCAAACUCCAGUCACAAGGGGGAGCUAAGGAAGCCCCAGAAAUCUGGGAUUAUGAAACAGCAGAGGGUCAGCCUCCCCACUGCCAAUCCUGAUGUGAGCUCCGGCAUCACCCAGAUAAAGGACAAUUUUGAUAUUGGAGAAGUGUGCCCUUGGGAGGUUUAUGACCUGACCCCCGGUCCUGUGCCUUCAGAACCAAAAGCUCAAAAACACGUAUCAAUCGCGGCUUCUGAAGUGGAACAAAACCCAGCUUCUUGUUUGAAAGAGAAGUCCCACCACAAGCCUAAGGCAGCUGAAGGUCUCCACGAAGCCAAUAACAAAAACAUAGACAAGACAGAGGUGUGCCCCUGGGAGAACCACGGUCAGUCUCUUUUGGAAGAUGAGGAUCGUCUGAUUUCUAAGACUCCAGUUGUCCCAGGGAGAGCCCAAGAGGAGACUGGAAACCAGCUCUACACAGCCAAUAUGUGUGCUGGGCAGUAUGAAGAACUGCCUCCCAAAGCCGUAGCAUCAAAAGUAGAGAAUGAAAAUCUCAACCAAAGGGGAGACCAGGAGAAACAGACAUCUUCCUCUGUGGAUAUAAUUCCUGGCUCCUGUAACUCAAGUAAUAACUCCCAUCUGCCCUUAACAUCACGAGCUGAAGUGUGUCCCUGGGAGUUCGAGCCCCUAGAACAACCAAAUGCUGAAAGAAGCGUAGCUUUACCUGCCUCCUCUGCUUUAAGUGCAAAUAAGAUACCAGGGCCUCGGAAAUAG